AUGGGUGAUCGGAACUUUUCUGAUUCUAAACGUAAUUUCAACAAAGAUCGCAGUUUACAUUUGGGUCGAUGCUCCAGCAAUGAAUGUAAUGCAAAACAUUGCUCCAGAAAACGAAAUUUAUCAUUCAAUUCAAAUGUUGCUAAUGAACAAAUGAGCAAACAAUCUUCAUCUGAAGAAAACGAUGAACUUGAUAUACCGAACAAUUUUUUUGAUGAAGAUGACGAUGAUGACAAUUCGAAUACCACUGAAGAACCGAAAGAAGACAGAUCCUGUAGAAAUGCAAAUUUUAAUCAGGCAUGA